AUGCAAAAUGUCAGCCAGAGGUUCUGGACCGACGCCUCGAAGGAGCUGGUCUCCCAGUUCAACACUCUGCUCUCGUCCGAGUCGUACUUUGGCCUCCUUGCCACCAUUGAGGCAGAAGCCCUCAAACCUAUUGACUUUCUGUCGCCAGUCUCCUCGACGGCUUCUUUCUCCGAUAACCUCGCGUCUCUACAGCCCCAUCUCAAGGAGACUGAGGCUCUCUACAUCAUCCUUCGUCGCCAUGCAACCGCCCCCCACCUCAUCGCCAUCACCUACGUUCCGGAUGCUGCCAAGGUCCGCCAGAAGAUGCUUUUUGCGUCUACCAGGCUGACACUGACCCGCGAGCUCGGCUCUGAGCACUUCCGCGAGACUAUUUUCACAACCACUGCUUCUGAGCUGACGCCUUCCGGCUUCGACAAGCACGAUGCCCAUAACAAAAUGGAUGCGCCGUUGACCGAGGAAGAACAGAGCUUGGGCGAGGUGAAGCGCGCCGAACAAGAAGCGGGCAGAGGCACCGGGGCACGAGAGAUCCAUCUCAGCCAGAAGAUGAAGCUUCCGAUGCCGGAUGACGCCAUCGCCGCCAUGCGAGAGGUUGGACAGCACAAUGGCCGCGUCCUCACCAUGCUGAAAGUGAAUCCCGACACCGAGAGCGUCGAGCUUGUACCUUCGACCGAGUCGCCGACCUCGAUCGCCGAGCUGUCGCAAGCCAUUUCGACAACCGAGCCCCGCUUCAGCAUCUUCCGCUAUACCCAUACUCACAAUGGGACUGAAACAAGUCCUGUCCUCUUCUUUUACACGUGCCCUGCCAACUCCUCCUCGGCCAGACCUGGUCACAAGGCCAUUAAAGACAGAAUGCUCUAUCCGCUGAUGAAGCGUGCAGUUCUCGCCAUAGCGUCAAGUGAGGCUGGACUUGAACUUGCCAAGAAGUACGAGGUCGAGGAGCCCAGUGAGAUCACAGAAGAGUCGGUUUUGUCCGAUCUACACCCCAGAGUUGAGGUCCGACAAGCAUUCAGCCGCCCUAAGCGGCCUGGUCGGUGA